GGAGCCCGGCGCCGGCAGCGAGGUGCGGCUGCCGGGCGGCGCGUCGCCGGCUGCUUCGCCGCUCCUCCCGCAUCGCUCCAGCGAGGCUUCCUCCGGGGAAGAAGCCGGGGCAAAGGCUCGGCGGGGCCCUGCCGCCGUUUUCCGGCCGCGGCGUGGAUGAUGUCACUAAUAUUUCUCAGAAAUCCCUCCUUGCUGAUGAAAAAGAGAACGUGCCAACAGAAGUAGGACUCGUGGUGUGGAAAGUCCCAGUACAAACAUAUCUAGUGGCUUCACUACUGGUGCUGCUCAGUCUUCACCUCUUCAAAUUAAAACCAAACACAACUGCCUGAGAAUCCUGUGGACAAGAGAAAGGACAUGACAGACUGCUCCCACGAUGGCAGAGAUUUGCGUGAAAGAUUUUGUUGAACACUGCAUGACUCUUAAAUGCUAAAAGCAGAAGGCACUAGCUAGUAGCUCAGUGUGGGGCAAAAAUUUUAUUUUAAACAUAAAAAAUAAUUAUGUCAAAGAAAAGCCGUGCCAAGGGAGAGAAGUCCGACAUGGAGAUUGAAGCCCUGCAAGCUGCUAAUGAGGAGCUACGAACUAAACUAACCAACAUCCAGAUAGAAUUUCAGCAAGAAAAAAGCAAGGUGGGUAAGUUAAGAGAGAAAAUCCAAGAGGUUAAGCAAGAAAGGGAGCAGGAGCAGCACAAGCACACUGCCUACGUUUCUGAACUGAAAGCCAAGCUCCACGAGGAGAAAAUGAAGGAACUUCAGAGUGUCAGAGAGCUACUGAUCCGUCAGCACGAGCAGGAGGUAGCAAGGAUGGUGAAAAUUAAAGACGGAGAAAUUCAGCGUUUGCAGUCAACCGUCAAUGUCCUGCGGGACGGGGCGGCUGACAAAGUGAAGACGGCGCUGCUGAGUGAAGCAAAGGAGGAGGCUCGCAAGGCGUUUGAUGGUGAACGGAUGAAGUUGCAACAGGAGAUCUUGGAGCUGAAAUCUGGCAAAAAGCAGCUUGAAGAAGCUUUGAAUAACAUUAUGCAGGCGGAUAAAAUGAAGGCUGCUGACCUGCGCAUGGCUUAUCAGUCCCAUCAGGAUGAGAUUAAUAGAAUAAAGCGGGAAUGUGAGAGAGAGAUCCGCAGGCUGAUGGAUGAGAUAAAAGGCAAAGACAGAGUGAUUCUGGCUCUGGAGAAAGACCUCGGUGUUCAGGCAGGCCAUACACAGAAACUGCUCCUUCAGAAAGAAGCUUUAGACGAGCAGCUUGUCCAAGUGAAGGAGGCAGAACGAUACCACAGUAGUCCUAAGAGGGAGCUUCCAGCAGGAGUGGGGGAUAUCAGCGAACUGAUGGGAAGCCCGGAGCAGCAUUUGGAUGAACGAGAUGUGCGGAGAUUUCAGUUAAAAAUCGCUGAACUGAAUGCUGUAAUAAGGAAGCUGGAAGACAGAAAUACUCUCUUAGCAGAUGAAAGAAAUGAACUGCUGAAACGUUCUAGGGAGACAGAAAGUCAGCUGAAGCCUUUGGUAGAAAAAAAUAAGAGGAUGAGCAAAAAAAAUGAUGAUAUGUUGCAAUGUAUCCAGAGAAUGGAAGAGAAAAUAAAAAAUCUAUCAAGGGAAAAUGUAGAAUUGAAAGAGAAGUUAUCUGCACAACCAGCACUGAAGAGGCACACAUCUUUGAAUGAUCUCAGCAGCACACGGGAGGAACAAGAAAUUGAGUUCCUUAGACUGCAAGUCAAAGAACAGCAGCAUGUUAUUGAUGAUCUCACAGUGGAAAGGGAACGGUUAUUACGGUCUAAAAAACAGAAGAGGAAAAGUCUGAAGCCUCCAAAGAGGCAUGUUGUGGAGACAUUUUUUGGAUUUGAUGAAGAAUCUGUUGAUUCAGAAACAUCAUCUGUAACUUCAUAUAACACAGAUAAAACAGACAGGACACCAGCAACGCCAGAGGAAGAUUUGGAAGAUAGCACGCCUAGAGAAGAAGCUGAACUAAGGUUCUGCCAGCUAACAAGAGAGUAUCAAGCUUUGCAAAGAGCAUAUGCACUGCUUCAAGAACAAGUUGGUGGAACCCUGGAUGCAGAGAGAGAAGCAAGGACUCGUGAACAACUGCAAGCCGACCUUCUCAGGUGUCAGGCAAAAAUUGAGGACCUGGAGAAAGCUCUAGUCGAGAAAGGACAGGACUCAAAAUGGGUAGAAGAAAAGCAGCUGUUAAUCAGAACAAACCAGGAGCUGCUAGAGAAGAUUUACAGAAUGGAACAAGAAGAGCAUCAGCUGAAGAACGAGAUGCAAGAUGCAAAAGACCAGAAUGAGCUGUUAGAAUUCAGAGUGCUAGAGCUUGAAGAGAGAGAACGAAGGUCGCCGGCAUUUAAUCUUCAUAUAACCACCUUCCCUGAAAACAAUGGAAGUGCACUUCAACUGUUCUGUCAACAGGAAGGAAUAAAGGACGUGAAUAUAUCUGAACUUAUGAAGAAGCUAGAUAUUCUUGGAGAUAAUGGGAAUUUGAGAAAUGAAGAACAGGUUGCAAUAAUCCAAGCUGGGACUGUGCUUUCCCUCUGUGAAAAGUGGUUGAAACAGAUAGAGGGGACAGAAGCUGCACUGACACAGAAGAUGUUAGACCUGGAGAAUGAAAAGGACCUGUUCAGUAAACAGAAGGGUUAUUUAGAGGAAGAACUCGACUACAGGAAGCAAGCUCUGGACCAGGCAUACAUGAAAAUCCAGGAGCUGGAAGCCACGCUGUAUAAUGCCCUGCAGCAGGAUCCGGGAAGGCGGGCGAGCGAGUCGCUGACCGAAGCCCAGAGGGAGGAUUUGCGAGCUGCAGUGGAGAAGGUGCGGCGGCAGAUCCUGAGGCAGAGCCGUGAGUUUGACAGCCAGAUCUUGCACGAGCGAAUGGAGCUGCUGCAGCAGGCACAGCAGGUAAUCCUGGUUCCAGCAGGUAAUCCCGGUUCUCUCCUCCCCCUUGUUGGUGUUACCUCUGUGGUUGCCACCACUGCCCAUAGAACAGCAUCGCUUCACCCUCACCUCGUUGAGUUCUGCUUAGUCUACUCUGUGUCUUGCUCCCGUGUCAAGGAGAGGAGCAGCGUCAGGACCCGGUUGCACUGGGCAUGGUACACACACCAAACGAGUCACUGUCUCACUACGAGGUCCUGUUGCACAACCUGUUCCAUGUGUGUACAACCACACAGUCUUCCACAGGACUCCAAGGGGAGCUGGUUGCAAGUUUAA